AUGAAGCUGAGCACUGCAAUUUUGUGCUGCUCUUUUGCUAUUGCAGCGACUUUUGCCGCCGAUGUUCCAGAAGGACACACCGUUGUUGCCCAAUGCAAAUGCAGUGACUUAGAGGAGUGCGCUGAAACUAUUGCCACUAAGACUAACAACUGCAAGAAGAAGGCUGAGUGCACAAACUUCCUUAAAGAAAUCGGAGAUGCCACUAAAAUCAUGGAUUGCUUGGAUGCGGAUCACGACCAAAUGAUGAAGGUUGAGGCUUGCGCCAAGAAGAAGUUGAAUGGAGAACUUGGAUGCACCAACUCUGCUACCCCAGUCAACCUCACCAUCCCACUCAUCCCAGUCAUCGAAAUCCCAUCCUUGGAAGAGUCCGGCGCUGUCGCUGUUGGAGAAUCUGCUCCAUCUGCUCAAGCCGAGCCACCACUCCAGCUCAGACAGUAUCUCAUGUGCAUCGAUGAGUGCACUCAUGACGAUAUGGAAGUGAUUCCAGGAAGAAAGAAGAGAAGUCCAGCUACUUGCGCUUUCAAGCUGAAGUGUGCCCUUGCUCCACCAUCCGACGCUACUCAAAAUGCUUAUACCGAGUGCCAAAAGGAGCUUGGCUAUGACCCAACCAAGGGAGCUGCUGAUUCCUGCAAAUGCCUCAAAGCUGCCGGAGUCAACAUGACUUGUCCAAAUUAA